AUGCAAAGAUUUUCCGCCUUGCAUUUGACCGUCGAUCUCUUCACAAUCGCCACACUCGAGUAUACCAAUGCACAUUCAGCCUGCAUUACGCUCGGAAAUACUUUCAACUCUACACCAGAAGACUCCAUUUCUCAGGCUUCUUAUGAAAAGCCAAGAAACUCUCGCGCCAACAUGAGACCGCGUUUUGAUCACAACACCAGAUCCCCCCAAUCACGCCCAGACUAUGUAGAUAAACAACCUCAAUAUUUUGAAGAUGCUCUCAGACCACCUUCCUCGGAGCGGUCAGAUUCCGAUCAACUGAGGCUUGAUAACAACGAGAUUCUUCAUUGUCUUCAAGGCAAGAAUAACUUUCCUGUGCAUGCUCAGAAGGUGUCAACUUUCGAGCAUCCAACGUUCGAUGUGACGAGCCCCGUAGUGGAAUCAGGAUUGAUGCCAAACAUUUCGACUUCUUCGACCCAAGCCGGGGAGACGUUAGAGCCGACAGUACUGUCUCAUUCUAGCUCUAUACAAGGCCGACCUCAGAACAAUGAUAUGAGACCGGCUGUACUUACAUCUCUUUUUGUCCCAAGCAGCCACUCCCGUUCAUCCUCUUUAUCUCCACCUCCACGUCAUUUCAUCUGCAGUCCAAUGCGCCCGGAACCACCAGCAGAGCUUGGACAUUGCAACUCUCCCGCAACCAGUGAUCAUGGCCCCAAAUUCAAGACAGACAAGCCUGAUACCAGUCCGAAAGGGAGUCCGCCUCCUCAAGACUCUCCCUCCUCUCGGUCCAGAGAGGGAGAGCAAGGGUCAUCAUCCGAAUCCUGGAUUAUUCCCUCACUCAGCCUGCUACAAUACGGCCAAGAGCACAUUUUGGAGGCUCUGCGACAGCAGGAUCAGAAGCUGAUAGAUUGCUUACUGGCCAGCUCGGCUCGGUUGAACCAAAUGAUCUCUGAAGAACAAGAUCGGCUGAAGCAAGUCUGCCUAGAGGAAGCAGUAAGAUAA